CCUGCAGCGAGCUGAGCACUUGCCCCGGGCUCCGUCGGCUGCACCAUGAGCUGUGCUGUCAGGCAGGUCGUCACCACCUGUGCCCAGGGCAGGGGCAGCACGGGCAGCAAUGCAGCUGGCACGGGGAGGAGGGUCUCCUCCGCCUCCUCGGGGAGACACGCUGCCUACGACCUGGGUGCUGUGGGGGGCAGUUUUUCCGGCAGCAGUUUGAGCGAGGGAUUUCUCGGGAAGCAGCUGAGCACCGGCAGCGCGGCCGGCGGGAGCUUCGGAGCCACCCAGAGGGCUUGUUCUGCCCUGGGCUUCAGCGGUGGAGGCAUCUGCACUCGAGGGGGUGGGGGCUUCCCCAGGGCCGGCGCUGGCUGUGGGGAUGGGAUCCUGUUCGCCAACAACGAGAAGGCCACGAUGCAGAACCUCAACGACCGCCUGGCCUCGUACCUGGACAAGGUGCGGCUCCUGGAGGGGGACAACGCUGACCUGGAGUGCAAGAUCAGGGAGUGGUACGCCAAGGUGGGGCCCAGCUGCGAGCCACGGGACUACAGCUGCUACCACAAGGAAAUUGAAGACCUUCAGAACCAGGUAAAUCCUUGUUCGUCAAGAAAGUUUAAUAUUUCCUUGGGCUUUGCUUUCCCAAGUGCAGAGCCCUGUCAGAGGGCAGAGGCAAUGGCUCUGGAGGGGCAGGUGCAGUGA